AUGACGGCGGCGGCGGCGCGGGGCCGCGGCGAGGAGGCGGCCGCGCUGCCCCCGGCCCGGCGCGCGGCCUGCGGCGGCCUCAACGCGGCCGCUGCCUCGGCCGGGGGGGCCGGGGGGGCCGGGGGGGUCGCCGGGUUCGAGUCCGGGUCGCGGUGCGGCGCGGAGAGCGCGGCGGAGGCGACCGAAGUGACCCCCUGCGCGCUAGUGGACUCCGUCUCCGCCAGCCUCGCGAAGCCCCCCGCGGGGGGGGCGCGGAGUCCCUGCGCCGAGUCGGGGGUGGGGGCGCGUGAGCCGGCCACCGCCGCCACCCUCGGCACGACCGCGACCAACAACAACACCGCCACCGCAGCGGCCACCGCCACCUCGUCGUCCUCCUCCUCGUCAUCCGCCUCGUCGCUGGGAGCGCGACCGCGUCAGCGCCGCAAGCCGCGAGUGCUCUUCUCGCAGGCGCAGGUGUUCGAGCUGGAGCGGCGCUUCAAGCAGCAGCGCUACCUCUCGGCGCCCGAGCGCGAGCACCUCGCCUCACUCCUCAAGCUCACCUCCACGCAGGUGAAGAUCUGGUUUCAGAAUCGACGCUACAAGUGCAAGCGCCAGAGGCAGGACCGCAGCCUGGAGCUGCACCAGUGCGGGCCGUUGCCCCCGCGCCGCGUGGCCGUGCCUGUGCUUGUGAGGGACGGGAGGCCCUGCCUGCCCGCGGGGGGGUCUCAGCACGGGGGGGCGGCCGCCGCGGCGGCGGCGGCGGGCGCCCUGCACGGAAUCCGCGCGUGGUGA